AUGGAGGAUCUGUAUAGCAUCCACCCGGGGAUCUCGCGGGUCGGCGGCGCGGCCAGCGAGGCGUCCUCCGGCGUGGGCGUGGACGCCGGGGGGCCCUCGACGUCGGAUCUGACGGAGCUGAUGAAGGCGCAGAUUGCCAGCCACCCGCGGUACCCUACCCUCCUCUCCGCCUACAUCGAAUGCCGUAAGGUUGGGGCGCCUCCGGAGGUGGCGUCGCUGCUGGAGGAGAUCGGCCGGGAGAGGCUCGUAGGCGCCGGGUCGAUCGGCGUUGAUCCCGAGCUCGACGAGUUCAUGGAAUCGUACUGCCGAGUGCUGGUGCGGUACAAAGAGGAGCUGUCGCGGCCGUUCGACGAGGCCGCUUCGUUCCUAAGCAGCAUCCAGACGCAGCUCAGCAACCUCUGCAGCGGCGGCAGCUCACCGGCCGCCACCGCCACUCAUUCCGAUGAGAUGGUGGGGUCUUCUGAUGAUGAACAAUGCUCUGGGGAGACCGAUGUGCUUGACAUAGGGCAAGAGCACACCUCCCGUAUAGCUGACCAUGACCUGAAGGAAAUGCUUCUCAAGAAGUACAGUGGCUGCCUCAGUCGACUACGGUCCGAGUUCCUGAAGAAGAGAAAGAAAGGGAAGCUGCCGAAGGAUGCACGGACAGCUCUCAUGGAUUGGUGGAAUGCGCACUACCGCUGGCCAUAUCCUACGGAAGAAGAUAAGGUGAGGCUCGCAGCGAUGACCGGUCUCGACCCGAAGCAGAUCAACAACUGGUUCAUCAACCAGAGGAAGCGGCACUGGAAGCCGUCCGAGGACAUGCGGUUUGCGCUCAUGGAGGGCGUCACCGGUGGGUCUUCUGGGACGACACUCUACUUCGACACAGGAACAGUUGGACCUUGA